AUGAGCAUCUCAAGUUCCUUCACAGUGAAAGAUGACAUUGCAAUUGUUGGAUACUCUUUCAGACUCCCGCAAGAUGUGAAUGAUGACCAGUCGUUCUGGGAGGUUCUAGAGAACCGCCGGAAUCUUAGAACAGAUUGGCCGGAAUCCCGAGGCAAUCCAGCUUCAUUCUUGAACAAUACAUUGAUAAAAUUCCCUGCAAAAGGUGGACAUUUUCUCAAUGAAGACCUUGGCGCUUUUGAUGCGCCCUUCUUCUCGGUCACGGCGCAAGAAGCGGCAGCGAUGGAUCCAAUGCAGCGAUGGACCUUGGAGGAGUCAUAUCGAGCUUUUGAGAAAGCUGGAAUACCAGUAGAGAAGUUGAGGGGUUCUCGUACUGCAGUUUUCUCCGCUUCAAUGCUGGAAGAUAAUGCCCGUCUGGUUGCCAUGGACGCAGAGAAUACAGAGCGGACAGCUGCUACAGGAAGCUCCGUUGCAUGUGUCGUUCCCAAUCGAGUAAGCUGGUAUUUUGAUCUGCGUGGACCCAGCAUCCAUGUCAAUACAGCCUGCUCAGGCAGUUUAUCGGCAGUCGACAUGGCCUGUAAGUCAUUGCGCAGCGGUGAUGCCUCUUGUGCUCUUGUCACUGGAUGUAAUCUGCUUCUGGAUCCUUCCAUUUUCCAAAUGCUCGCUACCCAGAACUUCCUCUCUCCUGAUAGCCUCUGCUAUAGUUUUGAUGAGCGUGCCAAUGGAUACGCCAGAGGAGAGGGGACAUUGGCUCUUGUCCUUAAGCCCGUGUCUGCGGCAAUUGAGGACGGCGACAUGGUUCGGGCCGUUAUCCGCUCAACGGGCUCAAAUCAAGAUGGUCACACUCCUGUGCUCACGCAGCCGAGCCCUCAAUCACAGGAAGAAUUGAUUCGUCAUGUCUACAAGCAGGCCGGACUCUCAUUUGAUGAGACGCGAUAUGUCGAAGCCCAUGGAACGGGAACGCCCGUGGGUGAUCCAAUUGAAAUGAGAGCUAUUGGCAGGGUUUUCCGAAAAAGUCGAACUGCGGACGAGCCUCUUUAUGUUGGAUCCGUGAAGGCAAAUAUCGGACAUCUUGAAGGGGCUAGCGCACUUGCAAGCUUGGUCAAAUCUAUCUUGAUUUUGGAAAAGGGAAUAAUUCCACCAAAUGCUCUUUUUGAAAAGAUCAAUCCUGCCAUUGAUGUGGACUUUUUUAAAAUCAAGGUCCCAGUGCAAAGUAUACCGUGGCCAAGUCAAGGCCUACGUCGAAUUUCUGUCAAUUCCUUUGGAUUCGGUGGUUCUAACACCCAUGUCGUUCUUGAUGACGCUCGUCAUUACAUGGAGCAGCGUGGCCUAGCUGGUAACCACUGCACGGCCCUUUUCCCUGGCACUAUCACAGGGGUUGCAAGCAUCCCCAAUACCGGAACACAAUCUGGUUAUGAAAAUGGGAAUCAUGGCGAUUAUAGACUUACCAACGGAACGAAUUCUCUCAACGGAACUACAUACACAAAUGGGUCCGCGCAUAUGAAUGGAGACGGGGCAGUGUCACUAACAAAUGGCCAUGAUAAGAUUCCGAAGGUCGCCACACGACAGCCUAAGCUACUUGUUUGGUCCGCCGCCGAUCAGAAAGCGGUGGAAAGAAUGCUUGAGAGCUACGAGGUCUCCAGUACAGAUCUGGGUCUCGAAGACCCGUCCAAGCUCGAUCAGCUAGCAUACACCCUUGCUUCACGGAGAAGUCGGAUGUUAUGGAGAGCUUUCGCCGUCUUCCCAAAUCCAAAUGAUAGCCAAGGAGGAAAGUCCCUUUCGCCGGUUAAGCCAGUUCGAAGUUCGACCGACGCUGGGCUCGCUUUUGUGUUCACUGGACAGGGCGCGCAAUAUGUGGGAAUGGGAUUGGAGCUGCUUGUCUACCCGAUAUUUGCUCAGACACUAAGGCAAAUUAAUGAGAUUUACCACAGCCUAGGAUGUGAAUGGUCACUUUUUGAUGAGCUCCGCCAUGGAAUGAACAUCGAUAAACCAGAAUAUAGCCAGCCCAUCAGCACUGCUAUUCAGAUUGCUCUUGUAGAGCUACUUGAGAGCUUUGGUGUUGUGCCAAAGGCAGUUGUGGGCCACUCGUCCGGCGAGAUUGCUGCCGCAUAUACGAUUGGGGCUCUUUCUCUGCUUUCAGCGUGCAAGGUCGCGUUUUUCCGAGGAAAGCUUACUAGCAGCGGUGCCAUUACCCCAGGGGGUAUGCUGUCGAUAAAUGUGGCUAAAGCUGAAAUGCCGCAAUAUCUCAUGCGUGCUGGGGAAGAAGUGGCAAGCCGAUUGACCGUGGCUUGUAUUAACAGUCCCUUCAAUUGCACCCUCUCAGGCCCCGAAGAGGACAUCAACGCGGUGAAAGUCCAAGCAGAUCAGGAUGGCCUAUUUGCACAGAAACUCAAGACAGGGGUCGCGUAUCACUCGGUCGCAAUGAACGCAAUUGCGGAUGAGUAUUUGAUGCUGAUUGGGACCAUCGAAGGUGCAGAUCGACAAACGAGCAAAGUUAGGGCCCGGAUCCCAAUGGUUUCGUCAGUGUCUGGAAAGGCCAUCCGCCAGGCCAAUUUGACCGAUGCACAAUAUUGGGUGAACAAUCUUAUUUCUCCGGUUCAAUUUUCCGACGCCAUCCAACUACUUACGCAGCAUUCGUCGACGCUUAAAAUUGGCAUGGGGAGUAUAACAGAUCUUGUUGAAAUCGGUCCUCAUGCAGCGCUCAAGAGGCCUAUCAAUGACACGGUCCAACAGGUCGGCAAUCGGAAAAAUGAGAUUCGAUAUCUGCAUGUCCUCCAUAGGUCUCAUCGCGCGAUCCAGACCACUCUCGAACUUGCUGGUCAGCUAUUUUGCCUUGGUCACACAAUCUCCUUGCCGGCAGUAAAUAUGCAAUCGGCCAACGCGCGCCCACAGUUCCUUGUGGAUUGUCCUGUAUACCCCUUUGAUAGGUCACGGCUUUACUGGACCGAGUCACGCAUCAGUCGAGAUUUCAGGUUGAGAGGCGUUGUCUCCGGAGAUACACUAGGGGUCCGAGUAUCCGAUUGGAAUCCCUUGGAGCCCCGGUGGAGAAAUUUCUUGAGCACCGAGUCUACCCCAUGGACCGGAGACCACAAGAUGACAGACACUGUGCUCUACCCGGCCGCGGGUAUGCUGAUCAUGGCUAUUGAAGCAGUUCAACAAAUGGUGCCUAGUGACCGAACAGUUCGGGGAUAUCUCGUGAAACAGGCUGAAUUCAUGAGCCCUAUCGUUGUACCACAGACUUGGGAAGAGCGCACUGAGACUCAAGUCCGUUUGCGACCGAUAAAGGGCUCGCAAAAUGAUAGCACUUCGUUGUUUGAUGUAGCAGUUUUCUCCUACUCACGAAACUUGUGGACGGAGUGCUGCAAUGCAACCAUCGUGGCCGAAUAUAGCGAGUCUUCUCUUAUCACUACCGUCGAUGAAGGCCUUCAGGCCAUGCACAAAUCCGCAAUUUCAGCUUGCAGUCGUCCGCUUGAUUCCAAGGCCCUGUACACAGAUGCGGCUGAACAUGGCCUUCAAUACGGAGAAAUGUUUCAACUGCUACAGGGUGUUUGCUGGGAUGGCAAAAGUUCUGCUUUAGCACAUGUCGACCUGACAAAGAAAAGAUUUGAAACGGAAAGCAUGGUGCAUCCAGCCGUCUUAGAUCAAGCGUUCCAGGUCCUGCGAGUGGCUUCCGGACAACAACGAGCCGCCAAUGUUCCUGUUCGCCUUGUGGACGCAUGGUUCGCACCCUCUGGGUGGCAACUUCCACAUAAUAGCUCGAUUCAGUGGUUUGCGACAUCGCACACCACUGCCCGUGGCGAUCAUGUCGCCGUUGAUGGAGAACAAGGCAGUAUCUAUGCCUUCGCCGAGAACGGGACAACUUUAUGUCGCAUUCAGCAGGCUAACAUGACGACUGUAUCAAAGAACUUCGAAGAAACGGAUAAAAAGUUGCUAUACAGUAUCGACUGGAAGCCGCAGUUGAGCCUACUCAACUCCAAACAACUCUCCCAAUUGUACCCUGCGAAUACCAAGGCUGACGAAACUGACAUGUUGGUCAAUUAUCCCAAGCUAUGUUCACUGUUGGACACAGUGGCAGCGCAGACUGUGAGAGCCUUGGAUCGUGCUCAGGUUCCGGAAAAUCUACGUCGUCACCUUGAAUGGCUUGACUUCCACGUUGGAAGGUUGCCGUUGUCCGAGCAAGAAGACGCCUACCGGAUGAGUAAAAUGGAGAUUGAGGCCCGCAUGGACGAGAUCGAAAGAGUUCUUCCGACCUGGAAGCUGUACACUGUAUGCGCCCAAAAGCUACCAGAGAUACUCAGCGGAAAGAUAGACCCUCUCGAAGUGAUCUUCAAGCACGAUCUGGCGGAUACCUUCUAUGCUGGACUUUUUGAAAACAUGUGUGCCGAUGGACGACUUGCUGGUAUUUUGGAGUUGAUUGCACAUGAAAACCCAGCAAUGCGAGUUCUCGAGGUUGGUGCUGGUACCGGAGGUAUGACAGCUCAAGUCCUCGCAGCCUUGGAAGAGCGUGAGAGUCGAAUCGGAGCUCCCAGCUUUGCUGAAUAUAACUAUACCGAUAUCUCGCCGAUGUUUUUGGAACGUGCGAAAGGCCGCUGGCCCCGAUUCCAGGCUGAGAGUCGAUUGAAUUUCCAAACACUGGAUAUUGAUCACGGAAUUGAGAAUCAAGGCUUCCAACCAGCUUCCUAUGACUUGAUUAUCGCGGCCAGUGUCCUUCACGCGACACCAACCCUCGAGAGUACAAUCCAAAAUGUACGCAAGUUGCUGAAGCCUGGUGGUCGCCUUAUAUUGCUUGAGGCAAUUAAACCAGAGGAUGUUGCCACCAACUUCAUGGCUGGCUUGGUCCCUGGGUGGUGGGUUGCUCGCGACAAAUGGCGGCCUCAUUCACCCGCUGUAUCUGAAGCCGUAUGGGACCGUUGUCUAAGCGAGAACGGCUUCUCUGGGAAUGACAUGGUCAUUCGAGACUACAAUAGCGAGGACUGCCAUGUUGUGAGUAUCAUUCUCAGCACAGCCAUGGAGGAAGUAGAAGAGCCUGUUGUGUCCCGGGUAGAUGCCAGCAACCUUGUUCUGGUGGUCGAUGAGCAUCAGUCCAGCAGACAAUUACAUCUGGCCGAAUCGAUUCACAACUCUAUAGAUCAUCAAGGGGAGUUCCAACCCCGAAUUUGUUCAUUCUCUGCGGAGGACCUCCAACAAUCCCUCGCAAAUUCCGAAAACGAUAUUGUUGUCUGUCUAGCUGAAGUGGGCCGGCCCUUGCUCGCCAAUUUGUCUGAGGAGAGUUUCAAAGCCCUGCGGGAGUUGCUUCGCAACACGCCCAGGCUCUUGUGGGUGACAUCUUCAGGCGCCAGCGCGGCUGACAGCCCCGAAUAUAGCGUGAUCCAAGGCUUCCUGCGCUCUAUUCGUGCCGAACAACCCUCUAGUCACCUUAUUAGCCUCAAUAUCGAAGGUGACACCGAUGGUAUUGCUUGUGCAAACGCUAUUGUCAACGUUGUUGAAAAGUCUUUUGGCUCUCCAUCAUCCCAGGAGCUAGAGUAUGUCUUUAAGGACGGGAUCUUCAUGACCGCCCGGGUCAUCGAAGAUGUAGCAGGUAACAAAACAAUACAGCCCCUUCUUUUACCGCAGCUGGCACAUGAGCCCUGGGCCAAAACAGGGGCCUUGAAGCUUUCAAUGGACACUGAGGUACCUCAAAAAUCAACAAUAUUUGUCCAGGACCCCGUCCACAAAACUUCUCUUGGUCCUCACGAUGUUGAGAUCCACGCAGAUACUUGGAGUUUCAUGGAAGGGGACAUUCGCAGAGCUAUCGAUCGAACAAAAGAUGACCUAUUCGGAGGGAACUGUGGUGGCGUGGUCACUCGAGUUGGCAGUGAAUGUAACAAUUCCUUCCAGAUAGGCGAUCGCGUUUGCAUUUCAGAUCUCGAUUGCAUGCGCAAGUAUCCUCGCUCCCACGAGACCAACAUUGUCAAAAUUUCCGAAAAGCUAUCCAUCGAAGCAGCCACGUCGGUUUUCCACCCGGCCAUUCUUGCCUACCAUGCUUUGAUCGACAUAGCACGCCUUGGCGAGCGAGACACAAUCCUCAUUCAUUCAGCUGCAAGCAGCGUGGGCCAGAUUGCAGUCCAGAUAGCGCAGAAGCAAAAGGCUCAUGUCUAUGCGAGCACGACAUCAUCGGAAGAAAAGAGUUUCCUCGUGGAGGCUCUGGGUAUACCAGUCGAGGACAUUUUUGAUAGCCAGGAUGUGACAUUUGGAGCAGAUGUUGUACGUGCUACUGAGGGAGAAGGUGUCGAUGUCGUCUUGAAUUGUUUGGUGGGAGAGGAUUCGCUGCGAGGAUAUUCCCAGUGUCUUGCACUCGGUGGCAGAUUCAUCGAGAUCAGUCGUGCAGAUAUGGAGGCCAAGCUCAACCUUCCACGCGAGUUCUCUACCAGGAAUAUCGCUUUUUCGAUCGUUGAUCCCACGCGACUCCGUCCGAAACCGUUAUCUCGUCUAUUGAGGACAGUCAUGGCAUUGAUCGGAAAUGGCGAAAUACAGAUUCUACGACCACCGCCAGUGUUCAAUGUGUCGCAGCUUGAACAGAUCCACAAGAAAAUUCAAGACAAUGAACCAAUGGGCCAGAUCGUGGUCACCGCAAGCCCCGAUGAUGUUGUACCGCAAUUUGUCAAAGAGCACCCAACGUGGGAAUUUGACAACUCCGCAUCGUAUCUGGUAGCCGGAGGGUUUGGUGGCAUCGGACGGGCCAUUUUACAGUGGAUGGUGGACAGAGGAGCCAAGCAUUUGAUUGUGCCAUCGCGAUCAGGGGCAGUUUCCAAAGCUGCAGCUCAGGUAGUUGCCCAGUUGACUGCUCAAGGAGUAACUAUUGUUGCUCCUGAAUGUGAUGUUUCCUCUGAGACAAGUCUAUCACACGUCCUAGGUAAAUGUGCGCGAACUAUGCCACCCAUCAAGGGUUGCAUCAACGCAGCCAUGGUUUUGCAAGACAGCAUCUUCCAGGAAAACAUGACAUUCGCCAAAUGGGACUUGACCAUGCGAUCGAAAGUACAGACGUCAUGGAACCUGCAUCGCUUAUUACCUGAAAAACUUGAUUUCUUCAUCCUCCUUUCAUCUCUUGCCGGUGUGGUUGGUCAAAUGGCCAGUGCGAACUAUGCUGGAGGUUGCACGUUCCAAGAUGCAUUGGCGCGGCAUCGAGUGUCCCGAGGUCAAUCAGCGAUUUCGAUUGAUAUUGGCUGGAUGCGCAAUAUUGGCAUUAUUGCAGAAACGGGCGCCUAUCAACGCCAACGGCUAGCUGCAGACGAUAUGCGGCCAAUCGAUGGGGCCGAGCUCCUUGCAUUGCUGGAUAUAUGUUGCCACCCGGAUGCCCCACAACGAUCACCGUCUGAAAGUCAGAUACUCUUUGGUCUUCGGACUCCGGCUGAUCAUCUGGCACAAGGUCGCGUUCCACCUGUUCUGCUCGACCGGCCGUUGCUGGCAGCAUUUUCUUACAUUGCGGGCUUGGGUGUCUCUCCUAACCAGGAUUCUGUCAAGCAGAGAGAUAUCAACCCUGCUACUCUGUUCCGGCAAUCAUCUGAUUCGACUGAACGUAUUCAGAUUGUUCACCGCGCGUUGGCAGACAAGUUGGCAGGUGCCAUGUCGAUCUCGUCUGAGGAUGUUGAGCCGAGCAAGCCCCUAUCCACCUAUGGGGUUGAUUCCCUGAUGGCGGUGGAGCUGCGGAACUGGGUUGGUAAAACAUUUGGCGCCACCGUAGCCGUGUUUGAUAUCAUGGGCGGCGUGUCUAUUGCGAGUAUUGCCGAUUUGGUGGUUGCAAAGAGCACAGUGGAAUGCAAUUGA